AUUUGAUCCAAAAACUCCCCUGUUACAACAAUAUCCACCCCUCUCAAUUCGAUCUCGUGAUCUCCAUUGUUAGGGCUUCUUCUCCAAUUGAAUUCAGUCGAGCAAAAUGUACGGAUUCGAAGCUAUGACCUUCAACAUUCACGGAGGAUACCUGGAAGCAAUCGUUAGGGGCCACAGAUCUGGCUUGUUGACCGCUGCUGAUUACAACAAUCUCUGCCAGUGUGAAACUCUCGAUGACAUCAAGAUGCAUCUAACUGCAACCGAAUACGGUCCCUAUCUUCAAAACGAGCCUUCACCAUUGCAUACCACUACAAUUGUGGAGAAAUGCACCCUUAAGUUGGUUGAUGAGUAUAAGCACAUGUUAUGCCAAGCCACCGAGCCGAUGUCAACCUUCUUAGAGUAUAUCACAUAUGGUCACAUGAUUGAUAAUGUUGUCCUGAUUGUUACCGGAACUUUGCAUGAGCGAGACGUUCAAGAACUAUUAGAGAAAUGCCACCCGCUGGGAAUGUUUGACAGUAUUGCCACCCUGGCAGUUGCUCAGAACAUGCGCGAGCUUUAUAGACUCGUGCUUGUGGAUACACCACUUGCUCCAUACUUCUCUGAGUGCAUCACAUCUGAGGAUUUGGAUGAUAUGAACAUUGAGAUAAUGAGAAAUACUCUUUACAAGGCAUAUCUUGAGGACUUCUACCAGUUUUGCCAGAAACUAGGCGGCGCGACUGCUGAGAUUAUGUCGGAUCUUCUAGCAUUUGAGGCCGACAGGAGAGCUGUGAAUAUCACCAUAAACAGCAUUGGAACAGAGCUUACUCGAGAUGACCGCAGGAAACUGUAUUCGAGUUUUGGUUUACUUUACCCGUAUGGUCACGAGGAACUUGCUGUUUGUGAAGACAUAGAUCAGGUUCGUGGUGUGAUGGAGAAAUACCCUCCUUACCAGCCAAUAUUCUCCAAGUUAUCCUACGGAGAAAGCCAGAUGCUCGAUAAGGCAUUUUAUGAAGAGGAAGUGAAACGACUCUGCCUAUCUUUUGAGCAGCAGUUCCACUAUGGUGUGUUCUUUGCAUACAUGCGACUGAAGGAGCAGGAGAUCAGGAACUUGAUGUGGAUAUCCGAAUGCGUGGCCCAGAACCAGAAAUCCCGCGUACACGACAGUGUCGUGUUCAUAUUUUAGCCGGAAACCGUCUCAACGUUUAUGUAUAUUCAUUUGUUUGCUGCUAUUCAAUUGUCUUGUCCUUCCGGAGCGCGUGCAGAUUUUCACAAAAUAAGGUUAUUGUGUAUGUUAUAUACUUUUGUUAUCUAAAUAAGAUAUUGGAAUUUUAUCACACCCUUUGGUAUGUAAUUUGAAUUUGUUCGUUCUUCAAGUGGUU